GGACCCCACAGUCGAGUUUCAAGCUUCGACGCGUUCGGUUGGGAAAAAACCUGCCCAGUUCUGCGUGAUUUUGAGUCCCUUUGUUUUUUUGGUGUAAUCUGAACACUCGUAACGCCUGCGCGUCUACCGAUAUACAAAGUCGUCGUCGUCGUCGUCGUUUAGUGUGCCAACUGCUUAAAUCAUUUGACAAAAACAUAAUUGAGUGAGAAAAAUCGAGAAAUCGAAAACUUGUGCUUGGUUGAACUUGGUGGAACUUGGUGGAACACAUUUGGAUUUAUGGAUUCCCUCUUGAGAGCUGCUUAAAGAUCCACAAAUAACCGAAUCACGUGUAACACCGGUGGAAAUUGGUGAUAACAGGCCGUGCAAACAUCAUCGCAUAAAAGCGGCCAAGAAACACGACUCGGAGACCUCGCCGGAAACCCGCUCCAGAAGUCAACAGUUGGCCAGAAGCAAAAGCAGAAGCAGAGACAGAAGCAGAGACAGAAAGCCGACUGCAACCAGCUCAAUCGGUUGGCCCGCUCUCGGCGUGCUGGCAUUUCAUUUACCUGGUGCGCGGCGUUACGUGGUCUCGAUCCGAGCUUUGGGUCUACCCGCCAAAAAGAAAGUCACGACAGUACCCGCCAGUCUGCGGCAGAAACGAGAUUUCCAAGAUUCUGCAACGAAAGUCAAAGUUACAAGUUUACUCCAAAUUCGAGUUUGAGUUUGAGUUCGAGUUUGAGUUGGCCCGGUUCAACGUCUUUACACUUUUGGGUCGACUCCGCCGCUGCUCCGUCUGUGCCACAUUUAGAAAGUGAAAAUCGAGUGCCGCCCGUGUCCGAAACUGAGUCUGAACCCGAAUCCGAAUCGGAAUCCGUGGCUCCUACCAUUCGGGCGCUGCAGUUGAAAGUGAAUUCAAGCUGCAAGUGAUUUUCGGGCCUUUGUUUUUUUUUGUUGUUUUGUUGUUUUUUGUUGUUGCCGCCACCUUCGGUUGGAUCCAUCAGUAGCCCAGUUAUUUAGCUACUUGGAGCCACACUGCCACUGCCACAAGCACUUCGCGUCUCAUUCAUUGAUCGAUAGGAACCGAACCGGCAUUGGAGACCAGCCACAAUGGAGGCCGAAGAAGUUACAAAACUGGUGGAUGGCGUUUAUAGGAACAUACUCGACAGAUUCAAUCCGGGUGCCAGGCAGCUGAUCGCGGCGGGCAAGAGCUACCUCAAGGCGUUGCAUGGUGCCGCAACCGCCUCGCGUCUAUUCAAUGAAGCAUUGGCCAAGAUUGCAAUGAACGCCCAGCAGAGCGGAACGGGCGAUAUUGGUUCGGCUUUGAUGAGCGUUGUGAACGUCAACAAGGACAUACAGGAGCAGCAGAUGAAUAUUCUGAAAGCCUUCUAUGUGGAUCUAUUGGUGCCAUUGGAGACAAACCUGGAGAAGGACACAAAGGUGGUGCAGCACGAGCAGAAGAAGUUCAUGCAGCAGCACAAGGUGCGCAUGGACAGCUACCAGAAGGCCGUCUCCACCAUGAAGAAGCAGCGCAAGAAGAAGGCCACGCCCGAGAACACCGAGAAGGAGCUGAGGAGCCUGCAGGUGCUCGAGGACCAAAAGAAGAAGCUGGAUGUGUUCUGCGAUCAAAGCUACAAGAAUGCCAUGACACAGGAGCGACGUCGCUAUGGGUUCGUCUUGGAGCGCCAGUGCUCGAUCGCCAAGCACUGGAUGGCCUAUCACACCACCGGGAAGACGGUAAUUGAUAAUAAUUUCGAAAAUUGGCAAGAAAUUGCCGCUUCUCGUGAGAUCAUUCCGCCGUCCGCGUACGAGAGCGGCUACAGCAGCAGCAGCAACAACAACAACAACACGAACAUGAGACGCCUGGAGCGCAUCAAAGACGGAGACGACGACCAGGUCCACACCCAGCUGAAAAAGUCGCGGAGCAUCGACGCCCCCUACGGGGAUAUGCGCACCCUGCACGAGCGUGAGAACAUCGGCGGAGUGGGGUCAUCGCACUAUGCCCAGAACUCGCUGCCACGCGCCAAGUCCGACUUCAAUCUGGCCCUCGUGGGCACUGGCCUAGGCUCGGGCAACAAACACAAGAUCAUCGAGGAACACUUGGCGCCACAUAGCGACGAUCAGCGCGGGGACCAGCGUCCGCUGGUCAAGGCCCUCUACGCCUACAUGCCCUCCGGGGAGAACCAGCUGUCCUUCGAGGAGGGCGACCGCAUCGCAUUGGUGGGCGGCAAGGCCAAGGGCUGGCAGUUCGGCGAGAACCUCCGCACCCAGCACUUUGGCUGGUUCCCGGUGGCCUACACAAACGCGGUUGAUACCGGCGAGGUGGUGCCCUCCACCGGCAGGCGGUACGAGAACAUGCACAUGAGCUACGAGCGCAACGGAGCAGGGAUCGGAAUGGGGGCCGGAGCCGGUGGAGGUGUAGGUGGCGGUCCCGGUGCCGGUGCCGGUGGUAGUACCGGUGGAGGUGCCCUGCGCAGUUAUCACGACCAGAAGCAGCAGCAGUACAUGUCGGAUGCCCAGCUGGAGCUGAUGGACAACGAUGCCACGUACAGGAGGAGACGCAACCACAGUGCCGAGGAGUCCUCGCCCACGCGCAUGUUCGGCGACACUCUCAAGCAGCAGAAGAAGUACCGCGCCGGCUCCGGGGCGAAUCCACGCCCGGGCCCACCGCCCACACUGCCGGCACCCGUGCCCACCGGGCAGCAGAGCCAGUCCUCGAGGAUGCUGAACAGCUCGCAGAGCUUCUGCGCCACCAAUGGAGUUCCGGCCGCAGUCGAGAGACGCAAGCAGAAGCUCCUGAACGGAGCCCAGAGCUCCAUGAGCCAUCCAUCGGGCAAGUCUGGAGUGGCGGCAAAGACCUCGCUCCACAGCAGCAACGACAGCGGCUUCGCCAAUGAGCCGCCCCCGCAGCCGGAGGUGGACUACUCGGAUGAGGAGACCGCCACGCAGCGUGUGCCCAUUCGGCGCCGAGCCGAUACCAACUCGCACACGCACACGCACACGGUGCCCCGGGACGUGGCCUCGUGGACCCUGAACCGGAACUUCCGCAACAGCGUGGACAGCCAGAUGGACGACAAGAGCAUGCACCGGCUGAGCCGCCAGAACGGGGUCGGAGCUGGCAAGAUGCGCUACGAUCUGAUUGCCUCGGAUGACGAGAUCCUGCAGGCCUCCAGUGCGGGCCUGAAGCGGACCAAGUCGUUCUGGAAGUUCGGAGGAGGACGCAGUGGCGAGGACAUCCUGGCUGGGAUGUCGCUGUGGCAGCACCGGGAUCUGGUGGCAGCACCCAAUCUCGAGGAGAUGCGAGACCGCGAAGAGGCGGAACGCCGCUCGGACGAGGAUCGCAACGUCAAUGGAAACGGCAGUGGCAGUGGCAAUGGCAAUGGUAAUGGGAAUGGAACGCUGACCAAGUCGCACAACUCCAGCUCGUCGCAGGAGAAGCGGGGACGCAAGGACAGCCUCACCAGCACGGAGGCCUACGGGGAUGAGGAUGAGAACAUCUAUGGCGUGAGUCAGCCCCCUCAGCAGCACCACCAACAACAACAACAACAGCAACAGCAGCAGCAGCUGCAGCAGAGGAGCAGCUACACCCCCAAGUCGCGCAUGAAGAUCAUGAAGACCAUUGAGAUUGACAUCGAGGAGCCCACGGAGAGCGAGCGGCUGAGCACAAUGCGCCGUGGCCAGUCCCAGUCCCAGAUGCAGCAACAUCAGCAGGCACAACCACACCGUAAGUUGGACAAGCAGGGCUCUGGGUCCUCCUCGACGCCGCAGCACAAGACGCAGACCCUGAGCCGGUCCAAGCCCUCCCAGCAACAGCAGUUCCCCCUCUCCACCGACGAGGGCGAGAGCGAUGAACACGGAACGCUCAAGUUGAGCGACGUGAACAACUUCUUCGACGACAUGCAGCACGACGGAGGUCCCAGCAAGGGUGGACACGGACAUGGACACGGCCACGGACUGGUCAUGAAGACGGUAAAGCGCCAGGACAUCCUCAAGCAGUACUACACCAGCGAGGACGACGAGUCUGACGCUGAGCUGAAGUCAACCAGCUCCGAUCCUUACGACUGCAUCGUCAUCAACGAUCAUCUGGUGCGCAAGGACGACAAGCUGCGCCGCCAGCACCAUCAGCAGCAGCAGCAGAUGGAGUUCCACACCUUCCGCUCCUCCACCUCCACCACAGCGACCAACACGCUGAAGAAGUCCUCCUCCAAGGAGCAGGACAGCACCUUGACCCGCAACUCCGCAGCAAAUGCAAGUGCACCCACGGCCACCAUCCUGCCGCGCACACGACUCCUCAAGUCCUCCUCCGCCAGCCACAGCAACAACAACAACAACAACAACAGCAGCAGCAGCAACAACCACAGCCACAACAACAGUGCCACGCUGGAGAGGAGCUCAAAGGCCCUGACGGGCAACAAGAGCUACGGCCCGUGGUACGACUUCUGGGACCAGGAGCAGCACGGCAUCACCGGACAGAAGUCGGCGAGUGCCAAGCUAAAGUGAGACUGGUCGCCAGGAGCAGUAUCAGGAUCGGGACUGGACUGGACCAGAGCCAUGCCAAGAGAAUGAAGUUUCGCCGUUUUCUUACCGGAUAAGAAAAUGCGCAGAGAGCGUGAAAGAUGGCCAGGAAUACGAGAUUACCG